AAUUAGCAUAUCAUCAAUCACAGAGUUUAAAUAGCUGGGAAGCAGAAGUGGACAACAUCACUUCCAUCAGACCACUUCCCUCUGACUCAAGAGAUCAGCAUUUCCUGGGCAACCAUUUUCCAACCACUCAAGUCUACUGACAAGACUGGAAAUAUCCACUUCUAAGUUGAGAUCCAGGCUUAGGCAAGUCUCAGACACGAUGAAGCUGCUCUUCUUCUCCUGCCUAGUGGCUCUUGCUCUGGCCAUGCCAGAUGCCCUCCAUUUAUCUGCUGAUAAUGAAAAUGUCAUUCCAUUAAGCGAGGUUUCAUCAAGCGAGGAGUCUUUCCACCAGUUGAACAGAGACAGAUACCCCUUGGAAGAAUAUGAGCUUGACAAAUCCAGAGAGGACUUGAAGACUUCAUCAAGCGAGGAAUCUGUCACUCCAUCUACUGAAGAACGUGUCCGCAGAGAGGUUGGAUACACCUUCAUCAAGGAGGGUUCUUCUGCCUCAAGGGAGCAGAGAAAGAAAGAUGUCAACGGACGGCGCCUGCAGGAUCUGAGAAAACUUCUACAAGAGAGAGCUAUCCAUUUACGCUACCUGGAGUCUCUUUAUCAUCCUAUUGAGCUAAUAAAACCUCAAGAGUACAGAGAAUUAUUCAUGGAAAUUGGCCAUCCCAGAAACAAAAGCAGCCGAAAUUCUACUACCCAUAUGUUCCAGUUUCCAUGCCACGGCUUCCCCCUUAUUCAGAAGAAGCCUCUGUCCCUCCUAUCCGCAGUGCCCCACGAUCUUCUAUCAAAAGGGCUACUGAAGCAGACUUUACCCAUUCUGAAGAGAAGAAGAAUUAAGAAGAGCUUUCCAGAUCUCCCUCUCUCCUAGUCCUUGUUCUGACUGAAAAUUCCAACCUCUUUAUGGGAUCUGUCUUCUAUUGGUGUCUACAAAUAACAUCAUCCUAUGCAGGAAAUUUGAUGUUCAUUAUUGAAUGAAAAAACAAAAGCAAAGCAAAACUCAGGAGAGUGGAAUCUUUCUCUGAUGUAUACUACAUGGCAUUAUUCCUCUUAAUCAAAAUUUGAUUUAGAAACUCUCUUUCCUAUGUCCCACUUUCAGUCCUGACAAGCCAGGUGAAGGGCAUUCUAGUAUGGACACAUUAUUUAUAGGUACCAAAGCUUUUGCUAUGUUUCUGUAAAGGGAAUUUAUAAGAACGAGUCUUUGAAUUAUUUAAUUUCUUAGCACUUCUCCUUCUAGCUACUGUGUAAUAAAGUUUUCCUUUUUUCUUGCUUUUAAUAAAUUACUUAUUAAGGCACCAUCA